AUGUUAGAAAAAAAGUUUGCUGACAUUGACAAGAAAUUUGAGAAUGUUUUAAACAAGAACAAGAGGAAGUUAGAAAAUGCUCAGAUAAAACCCAUACAUGACAAGUUCUUAUUUGCUCAGAAUGGUAUAACAGGUCUAAUCGCACCACCUGGGUCGGGUAAGACUUUCACUUAUCUUAAAAUGGCUGCACAACAACAAGAACUAGAUGAGAAGAACCCAUUCUAUGAGUUAGUAGUCAUUUGUAGUACUUCUGGUCAAUUUGACCAAACCGUCAAUUC